AUGCCUCCCAACCUCACCGGCUAUUACCGCUUCGUCUCCCAGGAGAACAUGGACAACUACCUGCGCGCCUUAGAUAUCAACGUGGUCCUGCGAAAACUGGUUUGCCUCUUGAAGCCCGAUAAAGAGAUCAUCCACACGGGAGAUCACAUGGUCAUCCGCACCAUCACCUCCCUGCGGGACUACGUUAUGGAUUUUGACCUGGGAGUCCAGUUUGAGGAAGACCUGGGACCCGUGGACGGACGCAAGUGCCAGACAACUGUCUCCUGGGACGGGGAUCAGCUGGUGUGCGAGCAGCUGGGAGAGAAGAGGAACCGAGGCUGGAGGCACUGGCUGGAGGGGGACCAGCUCCAUCUGAAGACACAGAAACAGGCUACCAAGAUGAUGCUGCUCCUCACCAUCUCAUACCAGGGGGAAGAGCCACUCUUAGAGUCCUGA